UUAUCUGUUUAACUAACAUUUGCAGGAAAUCAGAUGUUUUCUUUAUUUAUAAGAACUAAUUUGACCUGGAUAGAGGCUCAGAGUUUCUGCAGGACAAAAUACGUUGAUCUGGCCUUCAUCAGUGGUGUGACUGACAACACUGAUGUCCUUAAUAACUUAAUCUGGUAUAGCGUGUAUGAAGCCUGGAUCGGCCUGAGCAAGAACCAGUGGCUGUGGUCAGACCAGAGCAGUGUGUCCUGGCCCUCUCUGGGAUGGUCUUCAGGAGAGCCUAAUAACGCAGACGGGAAUGAAAAGUGUGCGUUUGUAAAUGUGAAUGGACUGCUCGUGGAUGAAAACUGUGACAAAGUCUUUUCUUUCUUCUGCGUUGUUAAGCGUGUGAAAGCUCAGGUUGUGCGACUGGAAGUGAAAUCCUCUGCUCUUCUAGAUGAAUCCGCCAUCAUGUUGGCCAUAGAGAAGAAGGUGAGAUGAUCCGGUCAGGUGAGUCUGAACACCAGCAGAGCUUUACUGAAGAUAUAAUCUGAUCUGCAGAUGAGAAUAAUCCUCCUGAAGCUGGAGACGGACCGCACAUACAGCAUAACAUGGAGAGCCCAGACUGAUGGCAAGACCUUCAAGCCGCUGAAAAACAAUGCUCGAAACACCACAAUAGUCUGUAAACAAGAUCAAGGAGUGUAUUUCAAAGGGCCUCGUUAACUUGCCAUCAGUACUAUUGUUAGCACACUUAACCAUUUUUUUAAAUUGUCUACAGAACAAACCACUGUUAUACAAUGACUUGCCUAAUUAACGUAGUUAAGCUUUUAAAUGUCACCUAAGGCUGAAUACUGGU